AUGUCUUCGUCCCUCAGACUUCUGCUUCGUCGUCCAUCGCUUAAGCAACAGUCAUGCAAGCUGGUAGUUCAAAAAUGCACCACAAGAUCGUUCUUAGGCCUCGGGGAGAUAGCUGGCGUGAUUGCCAAUCCUGCCGAGACUCUCCGCCAACUCAAUGAAUCAAGAGAGAUGCUGCAGAAAGCCAAGGAAGAUAUGCAGCUAAGUCGCGAAGCCAAGAAGAUACCCAAGAAGCAUACUUUCGCAAAGCUACCAGGUUUUCAUGGUCGAAAAGUAGAGCAAGCCUUGCUCAGGAAGAUCCUGGCAAACGACCCAAGGAUGACUGUCUUGUUUGGUGCUACGAGUGUGGGCAAGACUGCGUUACUACGACAAGUUCUGGCUGAUGAUGACUACUUUGUCGUAGCUUUCGAUUUGAGGAUCAGUGGUUUCGCCGAUUUGCGGACUUUGUAUAUUGCUCUGUGUGAGCAGUUCCAGACAUUCUUCGAAAAGAUGCAGGACGAUGAGAUGAACAAGCAGGCUUUGACCUUUAAACAUCUAUCUCUUCAACUCGCUGAGAGCGAAAAACAAGAAGGAGGCCACGAAGUCACCGUGGCAGAUCUUGCCAGCCUCAUGGAAUCUGUCCAAAGCUGUCUAUUACGUUACUGGGAGUACGAUCCUAGUGCCAAGGUCAAGAAAACAGCAGAAAAUGGCGAAAAGCCGUCCGAUAAGCGACCUGCUGUACGCAAGGUUGAGAACGAAGAAUCCGAAGAGUCUGAAGAACCUGCCGAACAACCAGUCUUCAAGAAACGCCCUAUCGUGUUCUUUCUUGACGAAGCUCACAAACUGCCAGCUCUCGUUGACGACCAGCUCUCGCUCAAGGUGUUCCUCGACACGUUGCUUGUCCUUACCAAGCAGGACCGCCUCUGUCACGUCAUCUUCUCCUCCAGCGACAGCUUCUUCCACCACUUUCUUCGAAGCAUGAACGUUGGCCACCAUACUCAAGUACUCACUGUUGGCGACUGUCCAUACGAGGAUACACUACGUUACUUCCACGAACGAAUGUUACCCACCGUACCCAAAAGACUUGCCAGCAAAUUAUCCACACAUUUCGAUGACAUCUGGAAUGCAUUUGGUGGUAAGCUAAGUCACGUCAACGACUACAUCAGCAACUGGGUCAACGCAGACGGCGAAACAACACCAUACCAAUCCGACAUCUUCAUUCAAGCCUAUACUCUCCUACAAUUCCACCUCACACACUCAAGAUUCGAGACAUUCAGCCCCUUGUCAACAGCAGUAGCAGGCACAUCCUCCGAAGACGACGACGCAAAGUUCACACCUAAAGACCUCGUCUACGUUAUGCGCAAGCUCGUCGAAUCGCCAUACUCAAUGCCAUACUUCGACCUCUGUCGGCAGAUUGGAACAGCACAGGUCGACAGCAUGAUCAAAACGCGCAUCCUGGAACUGCGAUGGACUAGAACAGUGACGCCAGAGGAAGAUUGGGUAGAAAGAGUAUGGAGUAAGGAUGGUAUUGAGAGACCAGUGGUAAUGCCCAUGACACGAAUAAUCAGAAAAGCGAUGGAGGUCGUGCUGAAAGAGGAAGAUGCUAGAGAAGCACAGAAGCAGAAAGAGGCUACGUGA